CACUGGCUUCUCCCUUUGGGGCUGGGCAGGGGCAGGUGCUCAGAGGCAGAGAAGCCAGAGGAGCUCUGCGUAAUCUUGUGGGACUGGGGAGACUGAGCUGGGGGUUUGGGCCUGCUGAGGCGGUGGGACCUGAGGGCCAAGAUCCCUGAGAGGAAGGAGGCCAGAGAAGCAGAAAGUGGCUAAAAAAGCAGAGCUGGCUUUUUGGCAGUUUCAUGAUUCUAGGGAAGAGUUCAGAGCCUGCCAAGGAGGAAUGGCCCUAAGAAAUACCAGGCUCUCAGCUUGGACCUUUGGGGACCACAGGUAGAUUGGACUUUACAAGGACUGUGGAAUGAGUUUAGCGUUAGCUGAGCCCUGGAGUGGCUUGAGGUGGCCUUCCCCUCUGCUGCCCACCCUGGAGGGAGACACCAUCCUGAUCCUCAACCAUUCUGUCACACACAGUGCCUGACACUCUGUCAAGUUACUAGGCACACUGAGAAACAGGAUGGGGGGAGUGGGGGGGAAGAGUGACAGACCCACAGGAGGUAAGAUAUUGGAGUUAGCAGACAUGGACUUUAAAAUACCUGACUAACAUAUUGAAAUAGGUAAGAUGGAGAGUUUCACAGAGAAUUAGAAUUCAUAAAAGAUUAAAUGAAAAUUCAAAGUGCAGUAACUGAAAUUUAAAAUUCAGUAGGUGGAUUUAAAAGUAGAUGAGAGACAGCUGAAGAAAGGACUAGUGAACUGGAAGAUAGAUCAAUAGAAAAUAUCUCUGCAAACCCCACCAUGACCAGCUCGCACUAUCCUGUGAGCUUCCUUGUCCUGGGCCCUCUGAGCCCUUCUGUAGACCCGUUGGGCAGUGGCGGGGGGGCCUGCUGAGGAAACUCUUUGUGCUUGGGAGAGACUGAGGGGGCUUGGGAAUUUGGGGAUUGCUCUCCAUUGCAGCCUUGUUGGAAACAUUACCAGCACAUUGGGAGUCUAGUCAUUGGAGCUCCAUGACUCUAGUGAAAUCUUUAAGGGUCUUAGGCAACAGGAACAUGAGCUUGUUUGUGCUCAUGGGCUCAGGCUAAAGGUAUGCUAAUCUCUCCAACAUACACCUUAGAAAAUGCCUUUGGUGGGACGGGGAACCAAGGGAGGCUUGUCUGUGAUUUGCAAGGGGCGUGCACAUUGCUACUCAGGCUCGUGGACCAUGGAACCCGAGUGCUCCCUGUUCCACUGACAUGAUGGGCACUGGCGUAGCUGGGGGUGAGGGAGCAGGGUCGGGGCUGUGCUGAGCUUGACCUUGAAACUGUUGUGGAUUGUAGCAGUUCACACGCAUGUUCUGAGAAAUUUUCCAUCCUGGGUUAAUGAUUUCCUUAUAAUGAACAGAAAUAAAUUCAAGAGGGAUGGUGAGCUAAGGUGGGGUCAUGGGCCAAGGCCAGUGGCUGAGCUGAGAGAUGACUGCUGACCUGCACAGGCUGUCUAACGUGGAUUAAAGCAAUGUCACAGCAAAGACAUCGGCCUUUUAUCUCAAGUAAAAGAUGGAAGCUCCUUUGUCCUCUAAAAUGCUCUGUCUUGGGGCCAGCAAACACCCCUUUUGAGGGGAGAGGAGGAAUCCAGGUCAAAUCUGGGUGAGGGAGGACACAACAGCCACUGGCUCCUGGGAGCUUCUGGUCAGCUCAGGCCAAGUGCCCAGAAGCCACUUGGACGCCCUGCAGUGUCCCCUGUGCUUCAGGAGAGGAAGCCAUGCUGGGUUCUCUCUGGAGGGUCCAUGAGGAAGGGACGUUCUCUCACAUGGGAGGUUGCGGGGCAGGAGGUGAGAAACAGGUGAGCACAGAGCCUUCUACCUUCCAGGCAUUGUUGUAGGCCUGGUCAGUUGCAUGGACGAGAUAGACAAGGUCCCUGCUCCUGUGCAGAUUGUCUUCUAGUCCAGAGGCCGCCUUCAACCGGUGUAAGCAAGUAAGAGCAAACACUAAAACAAGGAAAACAAGUGAUAAGGGUCAUGGAAAAGAUGACAUUGGGACCACGCUGGUGGCAGGGUUGGGUUGGGGAGAGGGCAGCCUCCCUGAAGAGGUGAUGGUGAGCUGAACUGGAAUGACAGGGUGGGUAGCUCUGCGCGCAAAGCGGCGCCCUGAGCUGGCAUCGCACAAGUCCUGGUAGGCCCCGGCUUUCCUCGUAAGGACAAUGAGAAACCGAUGACAGAUUUUUUUAAAAAAUUAUUUAUUUAUUUAUUUGUUUGGCUUCAUUGGGUCUUAGCUGCGGCACACAGGAACUUCGUUGCGGCAUGUGGGGUCUUUAGUUGCGGCAUGUGGGAUCUAGCUCCCUGACCAGGGAUUGAACCCAGGCCCCUUGCAUUGGGAGCAUGGAGUCUUAGCCACUGGACCACCAGGGAAGUCCCCCGAUGACAGAUUUUAAGCAGGAGAAAAAGGUGAUCUGAUUGCACAUUUGCAAGAUGUGCUGCGUGCUGUGUGGAUACUUGGAUUGUGGGGAGAGUUUCUGGGAGCAGGGAGACCAAUGGGUGGAUUUGCUUGUGUUCAGCGAAGGACAGGUGUCACAGCUGCAGAACCAGAGGGGACUGUAGACUCAGGAUGCAUUUGGGGUGGGGCUGAGGGAAAGCAGGGACCCAAAUGAGCCUCAGGUAUCUGAGCAUCUGGGUGGAGGCAGGGCCAUAGUGGGAGGGGGGCAUACCCACUGUGUAUGUCAGAUCUAGAGGUUCCCAAACUCGCAGUUCAGAGCACCUCUAGUUAAGGUUCAAUAAUUAUUUUAAGGGACUCAUAGGCCAAAAGAAGUACCUAACAGUUCCAUUUUUAAAUACAUAAGUCCAAACAAGUUAAGUAUUGAUAUCCUGGCAACUUACAGUAGAUAUUUGGAAAAUAAUGUAAACUUAAAAUUUUUUUCAUUUCAUUUUUUUUUUUAAUAAAUUUAUUUUUAUUUAUUUAUUUCUUAUUUCUGGCUGUGUUGGGUCUUCGUUGCUGCGCGUGGGCUUUCUCCAGUUGCAGCGAGCGGGGGCCGCUCCUGGUUGUGGUGCGCGGGCUUCUCACUGCGGUGGCCUCUCUCGUUGCGGAGCACGGGCUCUAGAGCGUGCAGGCUUCAGUAGAUGUGGCACGUGGGCUCAGCAGCUGUGGCUUGUGGGCUUUAGAGGGCAGGCUCAGUAGAUGUGGCUCACGGGCUUAGUUGCUCCGUGGCACGUGGGAUCCUCCCAGACCAGGGCUCGAACCCGUGUCCCCCGCAUUGGCAGGCGGAUUCCUAAUCACCGCGCCACCAGGGAAGCCCCUUCACUUCAUUUUUAAGUAACUGUAAUUAUGGGUGGAACGUGUGCCUGUCGGCUCUUCUUGAAUCUUGGAAUCAGAUUGGACACUGCCACCCUUGUUGCUUUUUCCACAUUGAUUCUUACACAGUAAUUGCUUUUUCAGUAACUGCCAGAAACCUAGCUUUGCAGACAUGAAAUAGCGGAAGGGAGUGUAGCAAGGUAUGAUGUUGAAACCAUGAGGUGUUCAGAGAUGUUUAUUAGUAUCACCGUUUUCCUCAAAAGUAAAAGGCAUCCUGCUGUGCCUGCAAGUUCACUGUGGGCUGGGGGUUCUUCAGUGCAUUGUUUAGAAACUGCAGCUCUGUGCCCUUCCCUUUUCCCUCUGGGUCUGUGGACGUCCUCUCUCCUGGGCCACAUGUUGGUGUGCAAGUCACUCCCCCCCACCAAUUCUUUGGGAUGGCUCACUGGGUCUUGUGGCACUCACUGUUGCCCUCACAGCCCAACAGCCUGCACAUGGCAAAUGUCCCUUUGAAGCUAUUGUGUUCCCAGCUUCGGUGCUUAGAGGAUUUUUUUCUUUAUCCUUUGAUUUUAUUUAUUUACUUACUUAUUUAUUUAUUUUUUAUAAAUUUAUUUAUUUAUUUAUUUAUGGCUGAGUUGGGUCUUUGUUGCUGUGCACGGGCUUUCUCUAGUUGCAGCUAGCGGGGGCUACUCUUUGUUGCGGUGUGCGGACUUCUCAUUGCGGUGGCUUCUCUUGUUGCAGAGCAUGGGCUCUAGGCGUGCGGGCUUCAGUAGUUGUGGCUCGCAGGCUCUAGAGCACAGGCUCAGUAGUUGUGGCGCACGGGCUUAGUUGCUCUGUGGCAUGUGGAAUCUUCCUGAACCAGGGCUCAAACCCGUGUCCUCUGCAUUGGCAGGCGAAUUCUUAACCACUGCGCCACCAGGGAAGCCCUAUCCUUCGAUUUAAAACGCCUCAGAACUCAAGACCUGACUCCAACUUAAUUACUUCAGUGUGAUGCGUCAUUUCCCCUUCCUGUGUCUGAACAGGUUUAGUUUAACUAAAGAGGGUGGCAGACUCUCAGGGUUGAUGUAAAAAUAGCUCACCCUGAUCAGAGAAAGCCGUCUGCUGUCUGCACCCAUUUCCCUGCUGAUGUGACAUUGAAAAAUGCCAGCAGCACUGGGCUUCCUCCCUUCCCUGGCACCCAUUCUGUCUCUGCUGUGGAGCCUGGCGCAGGAGGAGUGUACCCCUGACUCUGCCAUUGGUGUUGGGUUUGGCCCUGUCACUUGCUAAGACCAAAAGAAUGUGGGCAGAAGUAGCAACAUGCAAAUUUUGAGCCUAAGCUUUUGGAGGCAUCAUGUAUUUCUGUUCACCUCUCUGGAAGUUUCCACCUUCCACCAUGUUAGAAGAGCCAUACCCUGGCUAGCUGAAGCCCCUUCAGCCCAGUGCCUACCCCCACAGAGGGAGGCCCAGGGAGCAGAGCCCUCCCAGCUAACCUACAGACCUGUGAGCAUGAGAAAAAAAAUGCAUACUGCCAUACGUAUUGAAUUCCGGGGUCGCUUGUUACACAGCAACAGCUGACUGAUACAAAUGGAGAAGAGGUCCAUGAGGGAAAGUUAAAAGGGUGAUGGAAAUAUAACAGCUGAGAAGGUUACUGGUCUUAGGGAUAAGAUGAAUUUUUAAGAUGUGAAAUGAUUCUUCUGUAGAAUAAUGUUAUGUCUAUUGAUCCUUAAGACAAACCUAAGAGGAAAGCAGUGACAGUUUUAUCCCCAUUUUAUAGAUGAAGACAUUGAGGUUCAAAGUGGUUGAAGGUGCGGUGGGUGAGCCUGGUCUAGGCCCCAAAUCCCUGACUCCUGGGCCAGGCUCUUACCGGCUGUGCUGCCUGCCUCUCUUGUGGGCCCGACUUAGAGCAACCAAUAUGGCAGCAGAGCUUGGCACUUCGUGCAAGUGAGGCCACCGUUGGGACCUUUCUUCUGACAGGUUGGGGAGGGAGGGCACCUCCCAGAGAAGGGGCAGCAUUUGGUUGAGAGGGGGACAGGGGUGCCAACAGACAGGUGCCCGUGUCCCACAUGCUGAAAACUGGGGGGUCUGGGUGUCUUCUGUGUGAGCCAUGGCUUUGCCGCCUACUGGUUUGCUCUCAUGCUCCCCUCAAAAGGUCUGGCAACUGUGUGUCCAGGAAAGAUACCUAUGGAAGAAAAGUGUCAAGGCACCUACACUGAAUACAUUGAUGGUCUUGCCUGGUGGUUGGGGUCUGGAUUUUGACACACUUGAAGCCUCGGGGAUUUUAAACAGGAGAGUCAGCAAUCAAACCUUUGCAAAAGGCUGCAGUGGGGCUUCUGGCAGCUUGAGGGCCAGGCCACGUGACCCCAUGUUGUAGAUGCCAUAUCAGGGUACACACGAGCUGACUGGCAUUCCUACUGACUGCUGGAGCUGUCCGUCAGCAUGUUCUCAUUACUUCAGGGGGUUCUGGUCUUGUUGAAGUUGGUUUACUUUCUGAGUUGUUUUUAAUCCCUCUGUGUCCUACUUCAUGACCAGCUGACCACAUCCAUGGCACUUUGAUUUUGACCUUGGCUCCUGCUGACUGCUCCCCUCAGGCCCCUCCUGCUCCCUGACCCCCAGUCCCCCGUAGCCCUACACUCCCCUUUAUACUGCAAGACCCUUCCUUUCCAGGGAGGGACCCAGCCUUCCCAGUUGCAGGGCUGUCCUUGGAGACCACAACCCCCAACCCCAAAAUGGGGCAGAGCCCCCAUGGAUGGGGUGAUGGGCUGAAUAAUACCCCCCAAAAUAUAUCCAUGUCUUAAUCCCUGCAAACUAUUAACUUCACACGGCAAAAAAGGAUCUCAAGAUGGGGAGACAGUCCUGGAUUAUCUGGGAGGACCCUAAACUCAAUAACCUAUAUCUUUGAGGGGGGAGAAUCGACACAGAAGAGAAGGCAAUGUAAUGAUGGAGGCAGAGACUGAAGUGAUGCAGCCAUAAGCCAAGGAACACCAGGAGCCUCCAGAAGCUGAAGAGGCAGGAAGGGUCUCCCCCAGCGCCUCCAGAGCGUGUGCAGCCCUGCCACACCUUGUUUCAGCUCAGUGAAAUGGAUUUUGGACUCUGGGCUCUAAGAUUAUUAGAGAAUAAGUUUCUGUAAUUUUAAGCCACCAAGUUUGUGCUGACUUGUUACAGCAGCCACAGGUAAUGAAUACAAAUGGGAAAGCCAAGGAUUCCAAAUGAAAUGACUGGACCCAAGGCCUGGCACAGACCCUCAGCUGCUGCCUGACAGUGUCCUUAUGACCCGGCCACUCCUGUCACCUGCGCAUGAAAUGCACAGGCUCUCCACAAGAAGGCUUCCUGCUGCCUUGCUGGCAAGUGAGGUGGACUCUGCGGCCCCUGUCCCUCCUUGGUGCCCAGUGCCCGCAGCCCUGCAGCCCCCGAUGCUGCAUCUCAUGUGCGCCCUGUUGAGAGCCCCGACUCCUGGCCAGGGUGCUUGCAGCCCUCACGACUGAAGGAUUAGGAAGCAGGGGUUGGAGUUGGUGAGAGAUGGGGUCCUGGGAGAGCAGCCACCAUGGGCUCCAUUUGCAACAUGGAAUGUCUGGCUUUGGCUGCUGGCUCCAAGGUCACCUCAAGUCCUGCAGCCAGGAGUAGCCAGCGCAUCUGCUCCCCACCCCUGGGAGAGCAACUUGGGCAAAGGACACAGAGCCUUUGGCUGUAUUUUUUUUUUUUUUUUUUUUUUGACUUUUUAAAACCAAGUGCAAGUAUCAGGUGCUCUUUAUAGCAGCAAGGACCUGUACCUCUUGAAAUAAACACAUGCCAGCUACCCACCUGCUGGGAAAGCCACACAGGCAGCGCUAUUGUUCUUUGUCCUCCAGGUGAUACCCUGGGAAAGGUCACAGCUGCCUAAACCUUUAAAACUCCAGGUGGGACGAACAUUUCCUGUGUGAGGAUUUGGAGCUGCAGCAGCUCACAGUUGUGUUUCUUAACACUUUGUGAAUUUUUUCUUAAAGCAGCGAAAGGAGAAAAUUGGUACUGAAGAGUAUCAAUUCUUGAUUCUUGGCAGAAUUCCUGUUGUCUUUGUGAAAGUCAAGUUUCAGAAUGAGGGGUGCCAGGCUGAUGGGGGUGCUGUUCGCCCUGGCUGGCCUGCUGCAGCAGGCCCUGUCCCUGAGAAUAGCAGCCUUCAACAUCCGGACUUUUGGGGAGACCAAGAUGUCCAAUGCUACCCUCUCCAACUACAUUGUGCAGAUCCUGAAUCGCUAUGAUAUCGCCCUCGUCCAGGAGGUCAGAGACAACCACCUGACGGCCGUAGGCAGGCUGCUGGACAAACUCAACCAGGAUGACCCAAACACCUAUCACUAUGUGGUCAGUGAGCCGCUGGGACGCAACAGCUAUAAGGAGCGCUACCUGUUCCUGUUCAGACCCGACCAGGUUUCCAUGCUGGACAACUACCAGUACGAUGAUGGCUGUGAGCCCUGUGGGAAUGACAGCUUCAGCCGAGAGCCAGCUGUGGUCAAGUUCUCCUCCCCCUUCACACAGAUCAAGGAGUUUGCCAUUGUUCCGCUGCAUGCGGCCCCAUCGGAUGCGGUGGCUGAGAUCGACUCUCUCUAUGAUGUCUACCUGGAUGUCUGGCAGAAGUGGGACUUGGAGGACAUCAUGUUGAUGGGUGAUUUCAAUGCUGGCUGCAGCUACGUGACCCCCUCGCAAUGGUCAUCCAUCCGCCUGCACAAGAGCCCCCCCUUCCAGUGGCUGAUUCCUGACACUGCCGACACCACCGUUACAUCCACGCACUGUGCCUAUGACAGGAUCGUGGUUGCAGGACCUCUGCUCCAAGGUGCUGUGGUUCCCAACUCAGCCGCUCCCUUUGACUUCCAAGCUGCAUACGGACUGAGUGACCAGACCGCCCUAGCCAUCAGCGACCAUUACCCAGUGGAGGUGACACUGAAGAGAGCCUGACGUGAGUGAGGCCUGGCCGGCGACCUCCGCUCUGCAGCCUGUCGCCAAGAACUGAGACGACACAGCCAAAGGCUGGGGACGGAGUUUAGGAAACCAGUGCCUGGUCCUGAGUGCCCCUGCCCCUCCCCACCACCGUGGCAGCUGGAAUUAGAGGAAGGGGACGGAAGGUAGGCUUUUCCUCACUGUACCCACUUCCAUUGUAAGCUUGGAGGUUGUGUCACCAGAGCACCCCACCUUCUCAGUCUGGACAAAAAGUCUAAGAAAUACCUUUUAAGUAAAUAAAGCUCAAAACCAGGUGUU